AUGGCGGCAGACGAUAAAGUUGCCAUCUUAACUGAUGAUGAAGAGGAACAGAAGAGGAAGUACGUGCUUGCUGAUCCCUUUAAUGGUGUUGCCAGGGAGCCAGAACCACCUUCAAAUGAAACACCCUCCUCCACAGAAACCCCUGCCGUCUCAGAGGAGGAAAUAGACUGGAUAGAGAAGCACUGUGUGAAGAUAAACAAUGAUCUUCUCAUUUCCAAGGUCUUCUAUUUUUUCUUCUACUCUGCCUAUGGCUCUCUGUACCCACUUUUGCCCGUGUAUUACAAACAGCUGGGGAUGUCUCCAAGCCAGAGUGGGCUGCUAGUAGGUAUUCGCUACUUCAUUGAAUUCUGCAGUGCGCCCUUUUGGGGUGUCGUUGCGGAUCGCUUUAAGAAAGGCAAACUUGUCCUGCUCUUUUCUCUUCUGUGUUGGGUUCUGUUCAACCUGGGCAUUGGAUUUGUCAAGCCUGCUACCUUGAGAUGUGUACCAAAGAUUCCCCCAACAGCUCACCCCACUAAUGCAAGUCACGUGCUAACCAGCCUGCCAAUGAAUUUUUCCACUGUCUCUUCUCUCACUCUUGGCUCCCCAUUACCAGAAACGCGGAAGAAAAGGGACCUCCUGCCUUCCGGCGGUCCACUGACAUUAGAAAUUGAGCCCAACGUCUCAGAACCUGUUACCUUUACGUUAGCUCCAAGCAAGAGCACGGAACCCACUCUGCAGCCUCAGCCAGGUGAGAUAACGGACCAUAUCAUGGACUUGACCUUAAGCCCAAGCACAGUUGUCUCUGUUCCCCUAGGAAAUAUAACCAGGGAAUCAACCACUGCUGUUGUUACUACCACCAAAGCUGUACCUUCUGACAAAGUCAUUCUGGUUUAUGAUCAGCAAGAAGUUGAAGCUAUAUUCCUGGUAAUCUUGGUAGUCGUCAUAAUAGGAGAAUUUUUCAGUGCCUCUUCUGUCACGAUUGUGGACACAGUUACACUCCAGUAUCUGGGGAAACACAGAGACCGCUAUGGAUUGCAGCGCAUGUGGGGCUCCCUGGGCUGGGGCUUGGCGAUGCUCUCCGUAGGCAUUGGGAUUGACUACACCCAUAUAGAAGUGCUCAUUGAUGGAAAGGGGUGUAAGCCCCCUGAGUACCGGAACUACCAGAUUGUCUUCAUUGUCUUUGGUGUACUCAUGACCAUGGCCUUGAUUGUUGCUACUCAGUUCCGGUUCCGCUACAACCACUUCAACAACAAUGACACUAAAGGAAAAGAGGUGGAGAUCCCACAGGUGGAGAGGAACAACUCCACAGAAUCCUCUGAGGAGACGCAGACCACCACGAGCCACACACAGGCCUUCAACUUUUGGGACUUAAUCAAACUUCUUUGCAGCGUGCAGUAUGGCUCUGUGCUCUUUGUGGCUUGGUUUAUGGGUUUUGGCUAUGGCUUUGUGUUCACAUUUCUCUACUGGCAUUUGGAAGACCUGAAUGGAACGACAACCCUCUUUGGGGUCUGUUCAGUCCUGAGUCAUGUGUCUGAACUGACAGCUUAUUUUUUUAGCCACAAGCUUAUUGAACUGAUCGGCCACAUCAGGGUUCUGUACAUUGGCUUGGCCUGCAAUACAGCUCGCUAUAUUUAUAUUUCUUACCUGGAAAAUGCCUGGACUGUUCUCCCCAUGGAAGUUCUUCAAGGAGUGACCCAUGCAGCCAUCUGGGCAGCUUGCAUCUCUUACCUCAGUGCGGCCGUGCCCCCCGAGCUGAGGACGUCUGCCCAGGGCAUCCUGCAGGGUCUCCACCUAGGCUUGGGGCGAGGCUGUGGUGCCAUGAUUGGAGGCGUGCUAGUCAAUUAUUUUGGGGCUGCUGCAACCUUCCGAGGAAUUGGCAUGGCCUGCCUAGUGAUCCUCCUGCUCUUCGCCCUGAUCCAGUGGUUGGCGGUGCCAGAUGAGGAAGAUGACAAGACAAUGUUGGCAGAAAGAAUUCCUGUUCCCUCCAGCCCUGUUCCCAUAGCAACCAUCGACUUGGUACAGCAACAGACAGAAGAUGUCAUGCCACGCAUUGAGCCCAGGCUUCCGCCCAAAAAAACCAAGCACCAGGAAGAACAGGAAGAUGUGAACAAACCAGCCUGGGGUGUCAGCUCUUCUCCCUGGGUGACCUUUGUCUAUGUGCUCUACCAAAUUAAAGAGCUGAUGCAACUGACAAGAGACAGCCGGGCUUCUGAGAUACAACCGUUACAGGGGACCAAUGAGAAUCGGGAACCUUCUCCAGCUGGUGAAACCCAGCCUGUCCCAUGUGACAUUCAUGCCGACCCAUCCAGAAAUCAGCCAGCCUCUCAAGCAGCCGCAUCUCAGACCCAUACCAGCCCUGCUCACCCCACUGUGGACCAGCCUGGGGAGGCAAGUCAGGAACAGCAGGCCCAGCCUGCUGUGGGAAGACGCUGAGGGGACCCUGCUCAUCUCACACCCUGCAUGGAAUUGGCUCCUCUGCCAGCACAGAGGGAGAGGUGACCCCAACCCAGGACAUGCCUCCCCUUGAGGAAUCAUAGCACCACACAUGCUUCUAAAUAUCUAAGCUCAUUAACAUGGAAACAUACAUGCACACACAGGAGCUACAGUACAUGUUGGCAGGAAAAGGCACACUCUCAUCUUUGUAAUGACAGAAAGGAAGGAGAGCUCAGGGAGGACUCUCAGCUCCCUCUGUUGGGUGGGUCAAGAGAUACAGGAUACUCGGCCAGUGCAGUAAGAGUGGAAACCAGCAGUGACCCUGAGUAAGUGGAGGGGAGAUGUAGCAAGGUGAAUGCUGCUUAUACAGAAUUUCUCUGUUUAUUAUAAAGAUUCGGCUCAUAAGGGUAAACCAGGAAUAAAUAGCAUACAUCUCUAAUUUUAUUUCUCUUGAGAAGAAUUACUCAAAAAAAUUGUAAGACAUAUUUUAAGAAAUAACCAGAUGAACAUUAGGAGCAUAUAUACUUUU